GUGGCGCGAAAACGAGGAUUGUGCGCCUGAGGAAUCGGUUGGUUGCUGUCGUGUUUGAUUCUUUAUUAAUCUCACCGACAUUGUUUUCCUCCGAGAUGGAUCUGGCGGAGACCGCGGUAGGAGCCGCCGGGCAGCCGGUGAAGGAUGAGCUGGCGGAGAAAUGUCAAAAACUAUUCCAGGAUUUCCUAGAGGAAUUCCAGAACAGUGAUGGUGAAGUUAAAUAUUUGCAUGAUGCUGAAGAGCUAAUCCGUCCUGAAAGGAACACUCUUGCUGUAAGCUUUGUGGAUCUGGAGCAGUAUAACCAGCAACUGGCAACCACUAUUCAAGAGGAAUUUUACAGGGUGUACCCACAUCUCUGCCGUGCUGUUCGGAAUUUUGCCAGAGACCAUGGGAAUAUUCCACCAAACAAGGAGUUUUAUGUUGCAAUUCAGGAUUUACCAGCCAGGCACAAAAUCCGAGAACUGACAGCAGCACGAAUUGGAACCCUGCUACGCAUCAGCGGGCAAGUUGUCCGGACCCAUCCUGUUCACCCAGAAUUGGUCAGUGGAACAUUUAUGUGUCUCGACUGUCAGACGGUGAUUAAGGAUGUAGAGCAACAGUUCAAAUACACCCAGCCAAAUAUCUGCAGAAAUCCAGUGUGUGCCAACAGGAGACGAUUUAUGCUGGACACUAAUAAAUCACGAUUUGUUGACUUUCAGAAGGUUCGUAUCCAGGAAACUCAAGCUGAGUUACCAAGAGGUAGCAUUCCCCGCAGUGUGGAAGUUAUCUUGCGUGCAGAAGCUGUAGAAUCAGCACAAGCUGGUGAUAAAUGUGACUUCACGGGAAUGCUUAUUGUGGUUCCUGAUGUAUCUCAACUGACUACACCAGGCAUCCGUGCUGAAACUGGAUCUCGUGUCAGUGGUGCUGAAGGGUAUGAAACAGAAGGAGUCAGAGGUCUGCGUGCUUUAGGUGUGCGUGAUCUGUCCUACAAACUAGCCUUCUUGGCAUGCCAUGUGGCACAGACAAACCCACGGUUUGGUGGUAAAGAAAUGAGAGAAGAAGAACAGACUGCAGAAAGUAUUAAAAAUCAGAUGACUGUUCAGGAAUGGGAGAAAGUGUUUGAAAUGAGUCAGGAUAAGAAUCUGUAUCAUAAUCUCUGUACAAGUCUUUUCCCUACUAUUCAUGGUAAUGAUGAAGUAAAACGUGGAGUCUUACUGAUGCUGUUUGGAGGAGUUCCAAAAACUACCUUGGAGGGUACUUCGUUACGUGGUGAUAUUAAUGUUUGCAUUGUUGGCGACCCAAGCACAGCCAAAAGCCAGUUCCUUAAGCAUGUGGAGGAAUUCAGUCCCCGAGCAGUGUAUACAAGCGGCAAAGCUAGCACUGCUGCGGGUCUCACGGCUGCUGUUGUGAAGGAUGAAGAAUCACAUGAAUUUGUCAUUGAAGCUGGAGCAUUGAUGCUUGCUGAUAAUGGUGUUUGCUGUAUCGACGAAUUUGAUAAAAUGGAUUCAAGAGAUCAAGUCGCUAUACAUGAAGCAAUGGAACAACAAACCAUAUCCAUCACAAAAGCUGGAGUCAAAGCUACUUUAAAUGCCAGGACUUCUAUCUUGGCUGCAGCAAACCCAGUUGCUGGACGGUAUGAUCGUUCAAAGUCUCUCAAACAGAAUGUAAAUCUCUCGGCACCAAUUAUGUCUCGAUUCGAUUUGUUCUUCAUUCUGGUUGAUGAGUGCAAUGAGGUAACAGAUUAUGCCAUUGCUAGGCGUAUUGUGGACCUGCAUUCUCGAAUUCAAGAAUCUAUCGAGCGGAUCUACUCUUUAGAUGAUAUCAGGAGGUACCUGUUAUUUGCAAGGCAGUUCAAACCAAAGAUUUCAAAAGAAUCCGAAGACUUCAUAGUGGAACAGUACAGACGACUUCGUCAGAGGGAUGGCUCUGGAGUGACUAAGUCAGCAUGGCGAAUUACAGUGCGUCAGCUGGAGAGUAUGAUUCGACUUUCUGAAUCCAUGGCCAGAAUGCAUUGCUGUGAUGAGGUACAACCUAAGCAUGUAAAGGAAGCUUUCCGGUUACUGAACAAAUCAAUCAUUAGAGUGGAAACUCCAGACGUAAAUUUUGACCAAGAUGAUGAAGGAAGGGAGGAGAUGGAGCAGGAAAUCCAUGAUGGGACUUCAGAUAUACCAAAUGGCAUUAAUGGUGUGAAUGGCCAUUCUGAAGACAGUAUCAAGGAAGACGUACCAAAACUCUCAAUGAGGCUGUCUUUUGUAGAAUAUCGCAAGAUUUCCAAUCUUAUCGUCCUCCAUCUCCGAAAACUAGAGGAAGAAGAUGAAGAUGCUUCUCCAAAGAAGAGUGAACUCAUUAACUGGUAUUUAAAAGAAAUUGAGUCUGAAAUUGAAUCGGAAGAAGAGCUAAUUAACAAAAAGAAAUUAAUUGAGAAAGUUAUUUACAGACUUAUUCAUUAUGACCAUAUCUUGAUUGAAUUGAAACAGACUGGUCUGAAAAGCCGAAAAGGAGAAGGUGAUGAAGUUUUGGAGCAGGAUCCCUACUUAGUUGUUAAUCCCAAUUAUACCUUGGAAGAUUAAGUGCGAAAUGCUGCACUGGAUCAACAUGGAAUAUGUUACUUAUAAAAAUAUUGCUAAAAUAGACCACUGUCUAAAAUACAGGCAUGGAAUAAGCUUUGAUAUCAUCUAAUUCUUUUCCAGAAUAGGAUUAUUUUGGCUUUUAGCUCUGAACAGGUUACUUAAGUGCUAAUCAAGGGGUAAAGUAAAUGAUGUCUAAUACAUUUUUAAUAAUAUGUUAAUAAUCUUUUAUGUUUGUUUUUAAGUCCAAAGGUAUUUUUAGCUUGAAUGGUGUAAGGAAAUUAUAAUGUGUACUUUAAGUUUUUGCUGAUAAAUAGUUUAAAAUGCAGACAUGUUUCCUAACCACAUCUUUUUACAUGUUGCCAGUUACAAUUUAUGAUUCAAGAUGAGUUAGAAGAAAAGAAUGAGUGGUAUUUUGGAUCGUGUGACUGAAUAAUUUGCGCACAUCACAACUAGAUUACAAAGAUUGUAUUAUGUUCUUUUUUUAAAGUGCUACAACCUAGAGAAUGUUGUAUUUUAAUCCCAACUCAAGUUAAAGAUUUUAUGGGACCUUAUUUUGGUGGUAUUUGAAGGACUGAGCAAACUUUUUCGACCAUGAGGCUAAUUUAAAGGUAGCUGUGUGUCUGAAGCAAUGCUGUAAAUAUAUUGUAGAUUAGUACCCUAAAACUGGUGUAAUGGCUUCAUUAAAAUAGCGUUGUCAUCUUACUAACUUUGCGCUUCUAUUUGUAAAUGUUUCUAUUUCAGCUGUCACUUCUAUUGUUCAAUCCUAACAGAUGUCCUAUUGCUGGAGAAUGAAGUGGUGUUUAAUCAGUGGAACUCUUGUACAGAUGUUAACUGUUAGUUCAACAGCAUUGCAGUGAGCGAUUAGUAAGGGCAUGAAUAUGAGUUAUAAUGUUUUUUGAAAGUUGUGAAAGAAAAUAUGUUUGAUUGGACAUGGUAACAUAAGUUUAUGUUGUGCACGUGAGUGAGAGUGAAUCAGAUAUUAUCUCCAGAUUUUUCUAGGUGAUUUACAUAGUACCAGACACAGGUCCAUUACAAACUUUGAUGUAAUACUUUCUUACAGGAUGAUGACCUAUUGUCUGAUUUUAUGUAACUGAGAUUGUAGAAAUCAGAUUGUUGUUUAACAAUUUUCUUCCUCCAGAGGAGCGCCAGGGCAAAGGUUUGAAAUAGUGGAAUUGUUUGUAUCUAGCUGUUCUCUGCAAUUUGCUGUUCAAAUGAAUUCCCACAGCAGGCUAAGGUACAAGAAUUGAAUUUAGCAUACAAUUAUUAUACUUCAAAAUGUUUUUUUGUGGAAUGUAUGCUGUGCUUUUGUAAUAAAAAGCAAGAAUGUUUUGUUAAACCCUGUACUUAUUGAGUAAGAUUUCAAAAACAAGCCUACUAACAAGCAAGGACUUCACGUGGGCAUGUGGAAGGAAAGAUUGGUAGUGAAAGUCAAAAUCCUAGUUGAAAAGUUGAGUUUUCUGCAGGUUUCUUAAAGAGGAGAGAAAAAGAUAUUUUGGGAGGAAACUAAGAUUGUUCCAAACAAGAAUUGGUCAGCAGGACAAAUGGAACAGUUUGUAGAGGAAGUAAAAGCCAGUUACAUCACCAUUACUGUUGAUUCAUACUAGUCUGUGGAGUUUUUAGCUGUUUAAUUUAAGUAUUACUAGUGAGUUUUAGGUUUAUUGCUCAUUGUUGUGAUCCCAACUGUAGUUAUUAUUGAUUUAUGUCAGAUCCCGGACUGAAAUCUCACCGAUUUCAGUCGCUGUUUGAAACACGAUCCCACAGAAGGCACUGAGGUACGGCUUCCUUCGUUACAGGAUGUAGGAAAAUCGAGAAAUAAAAUGUCCAGCAUUGUAGAAAUAGAAGUUCAGAACCACAGUCUUACAACCCAGACCACACUGGCACCUAGCCUCCAGUCCGGACCAGGCCCUGGCUCCAGAUCAUGCCGUCUUCGUCUUGAGGAUCAGGAGGCUGCUACACCAGGCCGGGCGGUGUCGCCGGAGGCUGGGAAUUGUUGCAAGCUGGGAGAGAAGGAAGGGAAAAUGUCACUAAGGUGUAAAAGGGGGAAAAAAAAAGAGGAAGAACAGGCAGAGUGGACAAGCUCUGGCUGGAGCAUUGUCCUCCGCCACUGUCUUGAUCAUUACAGACUCCUGACUUGUCCUUUAUAGAUGGUGGACAGGCUUUACAGAAUCGUGAGGUGAGUUUACUUAAUGUAGACUUCCAAGCCUUUGACGUGCUUUUGUAGCCACAGAAUCUGUUAUGACUGGUCCCGUUUUACUUUCUGGUCAGUUGUAACCAUCCCCUUUCUGGUGCCGGAAACAAGUUCUGCUUAAGUUAGAGUUGAAAAGAUGUUCUCCGAAGUGUUGGCUCCAGCUGAUGAAAUUCUGUGAGAGGUGUAUCACAAUAAAUAUUCUUUGAUGAAAGUCAGAAACAAAAUACUUGAUUAUUUUUGGAGCAUCUAAUGAUUUUCCAAAAUAAAACAUUCUGGACAAAAUCUAAAGUU